AUGACCGACAAUCCUGAGCCCAAGGGCAAAGGCAUUAGCUCGCGCUUUUCGAACAUUUUGCGUCGUUCUACUCGUUCUACCUCUGAUUUGACUGGCAUACACGAACAUGAUAUUGCUUCUGAUUACCCGACUGUUAGAAAAGUUAUCAAAAAACCCAAAAACAAUGACUCGAAUGACUCCAUAUCUAUUUACGCAUCCGAUGAUUCCGACAAAAAACCCAGAAAAAUAGCAAAUGUCCCUAACCGUAAGCCUGUAUACAAAAAUCCUUUCUCUGCCAUCCCUAGCGGAGGCACACAAGAGGCAGUCGCUAGCGCGCUAGCCGAAACUGACCGCAUCUCGGACUAUACCCUUAGCCCACCCCCCACUGUUCCUCUCGUCGCAAGCCCGCCGAGAAGCUCCGUCGUCGCAAACGCAGGCAUCACACUGGUCAUCAGCUCCUCACAAGAGUCAGAACAGGUUAGAGAUGCCGGCGCGGCGCUAGCGCAACUCACGGAAUAUACGUUGGACGAUGAACCCUCUUCUAGCCCUCCCAAAAUCACAUACGUUGAAGAGAAGGCAGUAUCUAGGCCAGGAUCAACCACCCCCACCCGAAACCGCACGAGACCCACCGAAAGACAAGUCACCCCCAUGGAAGAUUGGGUCUUCAGCAGCCAAGAGCUACACUGGUUUAAACGCCUCGAGGCCGGAGGCUACCCCGACAACGAAGCCCUUGAACGCUGCAUCAAAUACUACACCAUCACCAACCAAGCCAUCGCCAACAUCAUCGAGAACAGACAACUAUAUGACGAUACCGACGAAGAAAAGAACAGCACGAAUUCAUUCAUUCAAAAAAUCGAAAAACUCGGCAACCAAAUCUCUUCAAUCGCAGAAAACGCGCUGUAUAACGGCACGGAAGCAGGACCAAGUCGUCCGGAAUCACCGAUGAAGCAAGACGAAGAGGAAGACACACACAUGGGCGAACCCGAACCCGGCCCGAACCAACCUAACCCCCUAACCACCGAAAUCUGCUGGGGAUCCGACGCCAAACCAGGCGAGUGGGGAGGAUACACAAGCCAACCAGCGCCGACACACCCGGCCAUCACCGAUCCCACUCAUUCCAUGCUCCAGGCGAUUUUAACCAAGAUGGGGCAGCUCGACGACAUCAAGUCCCGACUAGACAAGCUCGAAGGCAAAUCGCCGCAGGUACACACUGCACAAGCGAGCACGUCUAGAAACAAACAUACACCUAACCCAAGUCCUGCCCCAACCGUCAACCCUCCACAAACGCGUCCCAGCUUUGCCAAUGUUGCGGCAAAGGCACCAGCCAAAGCCCCGGAGGUCAAAGCCUCUAACAUUGCCGCAGCCAUCAAGAGGGAUAUCGCCAAACCGGCGCCCGCACAGAGCGACGACAAGAAUUUUGUUGUUCGCUUUAAGACUCUACCAGUCACACAACCAAACCCCGAAAGCAUAUUCGUGGCCAUGCGAGAAUGCCUUGAUGCCGCAAACCGCAACCUCGGCAAGGGUAGACUCACCAGAGUCCGAUGGUCACUAAAGGCGAGCCUCCAUCUUUCAUUUUCUAACAAUGUCUCCAUUACGGCGAUUGAAAACGCCAUACCUCUGCUCAUGGAUCGGCUUCGCCUUCCUGAGUACGAAUUCGGACCUGAGGUCCCAUGGAGCAGACUUGUCGUCACCAACGUCCCCACCGGGAUGGGCGGCUCUCUCCAACGCAUGCGCAACCGCGAGGAGCUAACACAGCUCCUCAACGAAGCCUUCCCUGACUCCGCCAAAUUUGGCUCAGUCAAACUUACCCUCGCACCCGACUGGCUAGCAGACCCCGCGCGAUUACAAGCCGAGGGACGCAACGCCUCUACUGUCUCGUUUGCCUUCGAAGACGCAGGAGGAAAUGCGAAAUCAAGAAGUUCAACCCAAAACCUCUACUCCAAACCUGCUCGAAAUGCGUCCGCUACGGACACACCGAACGCCAAUGCCGAACCAAAAAACCCCGCUGCCACAAAUGCGGACGUAACAACCACACAACCGAAGAACACAACGCGGACAACUGCCCUCGCUGUAUCCGUGACGGCAAAGGCAACCCGUGCGAAUGCGUCUACUGCACGUCCUGCAGCCUCCACGGCCAUCGUUUCAAUACCCCUGAUUGCCCCAAGAUGUCCGAAUUCCGACGCCCCAUCACGCAAAUUGUUGCUAACCGGUCCGCAAACCGCAAUGACUGAAAGACACUGCAUCCAACUUAACGUCGCAGGCUGCAACCCGCGCAUGCACGCCCUGCUCAACGAACCCCUAUACGCGCACUUUGACAUUUUUAUUUUUCAGGACAUCUGGUGGGGUCGUAUUGGCUCCCAAAAGAAUAUCGACCCCACUCUUCAUAAUAUUUAUGGCACCACUAACUCUAAUAAUUUCUUAUGCAUCAUCCCCCCGGGCUUCACCGACGAAAAAGGGCCCAGCGUCGCUAUGUAUAUCCGAAAAGAGCGCAACAUUCAUGCCCAAUUCUCAAACUGCGUCCCGAUUCACCGCGAUAUCCUCGCAGUUGACCUCUUCCUCGACAACCACAAAUUCACCAUCGUCAACGUCUACGCACACGGAAAAGAGGCACACAGAACCAUAAAUCACCUCACCAACGAAAUCAUACCGAUCGAUCGACCUCUCAUCCUCACAGGCGACUUCAACCUCCACCACCCAGACUGGGCCCUAGACGGUUCCAAAUGGAAAAACAGACACCCGAACCAAACGGAAAGGGAGUUUAGAGAUUACGCUGAGUUCAACGACCUCACAAUUAUGAACCACACCUCGCACCCCACCCGCAUUGCUUCUAACCCCGCUUCCAACUCUAUUAUCGAUCUUACGUUUCUUAACAAUAGGGCCGUCGAGGCGUGGCCCGACUUCAACUGGGAAGUAGACACGCCAUCGACCGGCAGAUCAUGCGGCUCGGACCACAUGGCCAUCACAUGGUCAAUCCAGCCGUUCGAUCAAGACGAACCUGUUGAAGAAGCGAUUCUCACGUCGCACAGGCCAAUCGACCCCAAGCGGGAGGACAAAUGGGUCGAAGCAUACGCCAAAGCCCUCAAGAAAUUUGACCUCCCCGAAGACCCCAAUACCGCCGAAGACGCCGACUUGAUCACGGGGGCGAUCCUGGAGGCCAUGUCAACCGCGACGAUCAAAACAAUGCCCGACGGCAACAAGAAAAAGAAAGGUAACGGACCGCCGCGAUCCCCAUGGUGGAACGCCGAGUGCUCAGGCGCGCUCAACGACCUCAAACAUAACCCCGAGAACCGCACCCGAGAACAACUUCGCUCAACGUUACGCGGCGCCAUCAGACGCGCACGUCGAAGCCACGGAGAUCGCAUACUCGCCGAAAUCCGCACGUCCAAAGUCUUCGAGUCGCUCAAAUGGUUCCAGGGGAAGCGCCGGUCCUUACUGCCCCCGAUCAAAAGCCCCAAUGGAGGCCUCACAGCCACGCACCCGCACCACAAAGCCGAAAAUCUGGCUAAGCAAUUCUUUCCGUCUAUUGCCAACCCUAAUAUAUCUCUACAUCCACUAGGAAUCAGGGCCAUGACCAAACGCCCAUUCCAGGAGAUAUCCACAGACGAAAUUGCUAACGCCAUCAAAUGCACUUCCAACAAAUCCUCCCCUGGCGCAUUUGGCUCAAACUACAGGCUCCUCAAAUGGGCCUUCUGGUGCAACACUAGUAUCUUUGUCAACCUAUUCAACCUCUGCUUGAGAAUUGGAUAUCAUCCCUCAGUGCUGCGUAACUGCGUCAUUGCCCCCAUCCCAAAGCCCCGUCGCCAAGACAUGUCACUACCCAAAAACUAUCGUCCCAUCGCUCUACUAGAGACGCUAUCCAAACUUCUAGAGAAGGUUAUCACAACUCGAAUCACCUCUGAGGCUGGCAAGCAUUCACUCAUCCCACACAGCCAGUUUGGGGGUAAAGACAUCACAUCUUGCACCGACGCUGGGCUAUGCAUGAUCCACGACAUCAAAUCACACUGGAAGUCCAACCACAGGGUCUCACUCAUCACCCUGGACGUAUCUGGAUACUUCAACAACGUGGAUCACAGGAGGCUAAUUUACACUCUGGAUUGCAUGGGGUACCCCAAUCAAAUUUGCAAUUGGCUCAGAUCUUACCUCAGCCAUAGAACUGCGCAAUUUAGAGUGGACGGUCACCUCUGCCCUCCUAUAGCCCUCCCACCUGUGGGAAUUCCCCAAGGUUCUCCUCUAUCCCCCAUUUUAUCCUCAUUAUACUCCACCCCACUCCUAAUUGCUGCGCAAGACCCACACGCACAGUCCUUUGCCUACAUAGACGACUUCACCAUUUUGGCGUGGGGGAAGUCUCAUGAGUAUAAUGUGGCUACAAUGCGGCGGAUAGCCACUCGGGUGUCUCACAUAGCCUCCCAACUUGGAUUAGAAUUUGAAAUUGAUAAGUCUGACUUAAUACAUUUCUACCGCCACUCUAACCACUCUUCCAACCCCAGUCUUCACCUUACCCUGAAUGGCAAGAAUUAUACCAUACUGCCCCAAGGAUGCAUUCGUUGGCUAGGUUUCUACUUAGAUAGGAAGCUCACGUUCAAAGAGCAUAUCUCUAACUCCACCAACAAAGCUAAAGCCAUCAUAGCUGGACUAGGAAUGCUAGCCAACACACAGCGCGGACUUACCAUCAAACACGCGCGCAUCCUAUACCUCACCUGCGUCAUCCCAAUCCUUACAUAUGGAUCCCCUCUGUGGUUUCUGGGGCGCAGACAGAAGUCGUUGCUUGAACCGCUUAGGAAGGUCCAGAACCAAGGACUGAGAUGGCUCCUUGGAGCCUUCAAAACCACUCCUAUCCCCUGUCUCGAACAUCUAGCCUCCAUCCCGCCCAUACACAUCACGUGCCAGAAGCUUAUCAUGAACUACUCGGCUAAACUUAGAACCAUCCCCAAGUCAUCCGAAGUUGCUAAACGUCUCCCAGCAUCAUGGGAUACGCAUAUACCCACCCUUAACAGCAACAGGAAUAACAAGGCCGAGAGCUUACAAUCCCCCAUCCACUUCAUCGCAUCACAUAGUCACCCACACAUCGAGUUCGUCUCAACGCAUAUCAACCACCCGUCCGAUCCAGCAAUCCCGUUCCCUGAUCAAAUCAAAAUCAAGGACACCUCCGACGGCCUCAAACGCGACGAAUACCGCGACAAAAUCCUAUCCGAAAUUAGCGUACUGGAAGAUUGUCAUGCCAGCGUUCUUGGCUACUCAGAUGGACACGCGGCGGUGUCCAAUGGCAUUCGGAAAGUCGGCGUCGGCUACGUUAUACGAGCCGGAAAAAGGACUUUGUCAUCGUCGUCGAUUGGAAUCGGACCACGAGCGAACAUAUACGAUGCGGAAAUGCUGGGAAUUCUCUUAGCGUUCAUGAAAGCUAAACAAAUAGCCGAAAACCAAGGAUAUCGUAAAAUACGAAUUUACUGCGAUAAUCAAGCCGCUGUCAGAUCCAUUGCCGACCUAUCUCGACACCCGUGCCAGUUCACCUCCAGAGUUUUCGUCCCUGCCGCCAAGGCAUUCGUAGAGGGACACCCCGAACGAUCCAUUCAUAUCACCUGGACGCCCGGGCACAGCGGAGUCGAAGGCAACGAAACAGCGGACCGGCUGGCGAACGAAGGAGCUAGAGCUACUCCGACCCCUAUCUUCAACCGCACCAUAACGUGGGCUAGAGAACAAGCCACACGGAAGACCGUACGAUCUUGGAAGAAAGCGUGGCACGAUCACACCGAGUCCAGAAUCAACUCCAAAUACUACAUCCCCCGCCCUCCCGCACUAAAGUUACACCCGAUCUUUAACACUAGCAAACUGGGCAGGGACCUCGAGUGCCGCCUCGUGCAGUACCUCACGGGGCAUGGACAUUACGGAGAAUACCACGCCCAAUUCCAUCACGACGUCGAUCCCAGGUGCGCUUGCGGGGAAUCGGACGAGACCAUAUUUCAUUUAACCACCUCCUGUCCCGCUACGGCGGGACACAGGGGGAUACUUAGUGAGUUUUCCACCAAUAUCAAUGACCCCACACUGUUUGGCUCCCUUGCAGGUCUCGAAGCAGUCGCAAAAUUCAUCGCCAGGACGGGCAUAGGACGAAGACGAGGAGGCCCGCAGGCAACCGCUCAAACCAUGUAG